AUGGAAUACCUAAAGACGGUCCUUGUAUCUAAUAGAGGCGAGAUCGCCUGUCGAUUGAUCAAAGCUGCACAAAAGUCAGGAAUCAAAACAAUUGCCAUCUACACACAACCAGACUGCGAAUCGGAGCACAUACGUCUUGCAGACACAGCCGUUUUGCUGCAAGGCGAAGCAAGAGCGGCGUACAUAGAUGGAGAUCAAAUCAUUAAAGUAGCAAAGGAAAAUGGCGCCMAAGCCAUUAUCCCCGGAUACGGUUUUCUUUCCGAGAACACGAACUUCGCCAGAUCCGCAUCGGCGGCCGGACUGGUCUUUGUUGGUCCAUCACCAGAAGCGAUUGAGUCGUUUGGGCUGAAGCACACGGCCCGUGAGCUGGCUGUGGCUGCGGGGGUCCCUGUUGUUCCCGGUUCUCAGGGUCUUCUCGAGGAUGAGGAAGCCGCGGCGGCAGCUGCCACUCGCUUGGGCUACCCCGUGAUGCUGAAAGCGACUGCCGGAGGAGGUGGCAUGGGCUUAUUGACCUGUGCAAAUGAGGCCGAAGUUCGAGAGAAUUUCCGAACAGUCAUAUCACGAGCAUCGUCCCUUUUCAAAAAUGCCGGCGUCUUUCUAGAACGCUAUUACCCCGACAGCCAUCACAUCGAAGUACAGGUUUUUGGUAAUGGGCAGGGUAAAGCCAUUAGUGUCGGAGAAAGAGAAUGCUCGAUUCAGAGACGUCAUCAAAAAGUGAUUGAAGAAUGUCCGAGCCCAUUUGUCACAGAGCGUUACCCAGACCUUCGGCAGAAACUCACGCAGUGUGCUGUUCGCUUGGCAGAAGAUAUCAAAUACGGAUCGGCGGGAACGGUAGAAUACCUUGUUGAUGAUCAUACAGGAGAUUUCUUCUUUCUCGAGAUGAACACUCGCCUACAGGUCGAGCACGGUAUUACCGAGAUGUGCUACAAUGUUGAUCUGGUUGAACUUAUGUUGAGGCAAGCAGACCGAGAGCUUAAAGGUACAGGAGGUCUCACAGUCGAAGAGAUGGAAACUCUGCAACUCCGGUGUCUUGAACCUCAAGGCCAUGCCAUUGAAGCCAGAGUAUAUGCUGAGAAUCCAGCAAGAAAUUACGCUCCCAGUCCCGGUCUCCUUCAGCAAGUGUCAUGGCACACGCCUGAGGGUGCGCGUAUAGAUACAUGGGUCCGUGGAGGAAUCGUUGUCAGCGCCGAAUAUGACCCUCUGCUAGCUAAAGUAAUGUAUCAUGGCCCUACCCGCCAGUCUGCCGUUGCAGGCAUGGAGGAGAUUCUUAGCAAAAGUUCCAUUUGCGGACCACCCAUCAACCUCGGCUUUUUACUAGCUGUCAUUCAGAGUGGUGAUUUUAGAAACGGCAACACCAUUACCAAGUUUCUAGAUACCUUUCAGUAUACACCUGCCGCCAUUGAUAUUAUCUCCGGAGGCUCCUAUACCUUAGUGCAAGACUUUCCUGGUCGCCCAACCGUCGGUCAUGGAUUUGGUCACGCCGGCCCUAUGGACCCUAUUGCGUUCCAGGUAGCCAAUCUCCUUGUUGGUAAUGAAGUUGGGAUAGAAGCCCUUGAAAUCACUCUCACUGGACCCGAGCUCUUGUUCUUGGGCGAUGCUGUUAUUUCUCUCUGUGGUCCCCCCAUCCCAGCCGACUUGGAUGACAAGGAAAUGCCACAGUGGACUCGGGUUCACGUCCUUGCUGGUCAGCGUCUAAAAAUUGGAAAAAUGGCAGCCAAUUGUAGGGUUUACCUCGCAAUCUACGGGGGACUACUCAACGUAUCAAAGUGGUUCGGAAGCAAGUCUACAAACCCUAUGGUCAAUGUCGGUGGAUACCAGGGCCGACCACUGAGGGCAGGCGACUUUAUCAGUAUCGUAGAAGCUUCUCAACUUCCGGAGGACGGUUCACUCUCCAUUCCUCAGGACUUGUGUCCUCAAUACACGAGCCAGUGGACUAUCCAGGUUAUGCCUGGUCCUUAUGAGACAGGCUACUUGUCCCCUAAGGACAUAGAGAUGUUCUUUUCAGAGACCUGGACAAUCAGCCACAACGCUGCGCGAGGUGGUAUUCGUCUCAUUGGUCCUCGUCCAGAGUUUGGUCGUUCGGAUGGCGGAGAAGGUGGCGCUCAUCCAAGUAAUGUGAUUGAGUAUGGCUAUCCCCUCGGUGGACUCAACUGGACUGGCGACGAGCCUGUUAUCUUCCCUGUUGACUGUCCUGAUUUUGGAGGUUUUAUCUGCAGUUUGACUGUUAUCAAGGGAGAUAUGUGGAAACUUGGCCAACUCCGCGCUGGAGACAAAGUCAAGUUUCAUCGGGUGUCGCUUGAAAGUGCUUUGCAAUAUCGUCGCAAGAAUGCAAAGUUCCUGGAAGAUGUGGCCGCUUCAAUUAAGUCCGGCUCAUGGGAAACGAUUGAGGGCUUUGAUAGUAUCAAUGUUGGACCUGAGGUCGCUGAACCCGGGCAGGAUGUAUUGAAAGUCCUGGAGGAGACCGACAAGAGACCGACAAUCUCAUACCGCGCCGGAGCAGAUGACUACAUUCUAGUCGACUAUGGCAAUGGAUGCUCAGAUCUAAACUUCAAAUGCCGGGCAACAGCAUUAUCGCGUGAACUUCAGAAUCGGUCAGGCCUGGUAUCUGCCAACAGAAGUAGUGGUGCCAUUUUCAACAUGGUGGGCUGUGGUAACUCGCUGGCCAUUUGUUAUGACGGUCUUGCUCUUUCUCAAGCAGAGCUACUUAAAGAGCUGGUUGCAAUUGAGGACACACUUGGAGACAUGCGAAGUGCCAAGUUCCCCAACCGCCAUUUCAAACUCCCACUCACCUUCAGACACAAGAAACUCGAGGAUGCCAUGGAACGAUAUAUGGCAAAUCAACGUUCUAUAGCCAGCUACUUGCCCGACCCACUGGCAUUCGUAGCAGAGAAUAACGGCAUGACCAUUGAAGAAUUAAAAACAAUGUUUUUGACCCUGCAAUCCGUCAUCAUUGGGGUUGGCUUCUUCAUGGCUCUUCCACAAAGCAUGCCCACGGAUCCACGGUAUAGAAUCCGAAGUCCAAAGAUGAACCCAAGCCGAACAUAUACGCCUGAGGGGACGGUCUCCUGGGGAGGAUCAGCCAUCGCAAUUUACCCCGUCGACUGCCCCGGUGGCUACAUGCCGACGGGCAUGACUAUUCCAGGCCUCGAUAUAUACGGCUCAAAACCUGGGUUCAGCGAGGAGCGACCGUGGCUAUUCCAGGACAUGGAUACGAUAAGUUUCUAUGAGGUUGAUGAGAAGGAAUAUGAUCUCAAAGUCGCCGAGUUCAAAGCUGGUAAAUAUGAGUUUGAGAUGGAGCCGGGGUUCUUUGAUAUGGUGGAGCACAAUGAGCUGCUGCGCAAUUCGAUGGACGAGGCUCGUGCGAUCCAAGAAAAGAGGGCAGUGUCGCAGAGGAAAAUGGCUGAAAAGGAAAAGGCGCUCCUUGAGCAGUGGCUUACUGAGAAGCAAGCAGAUGGAGGUAGCAUGGAUCAGAUUCGGUCGAUGCUUGAGGAUCCAGCAUAUCAAGUCAUCGAGGCUCCAGUCAACGCAAAUGUCUGGAAGGUCCUGGUGCAAGAAGGCGACGAAUUGCAGUCUGGCAAGAUAGUCAGUAUCCUAGAGGCCAUGAAAAUGGAGAUCAAUGUGCUCGCAGAUGCACAUCUAGCUGGUGCUACCGUGGCUAGAGUUCUGGUCAAGCCAGGGGAUUCUAUUGAAAGUGGCAAGCCGGUUAUACUUGUGAAGGCACCAGCUUAA